AUGCACUGCGUGCGACUUGUGCCGCGCACGGCCCGCGCAGGCCGCCGCUUUUUCAGUGCGGGGCAUGCCAGCCGCGCGGAGCCAAGCGGACCGCUCGAGACGUACCGCGCGCUUGUACAAGAGGGCCGUCUUCGCGACGAUGCGCACCAAGUCAAAAUCGUCGAGCAACUGCAGACGCUGCAUGAGCAGCUCAAACAGUACGAGCAGGUGCCGGUACCUGCGCCAGAAGAAGGUAUCAAAGAGCGUGAGCCGCCGCAGACGGGGAUGCUCAGCUCGAUACUGCGCCUCUUGCCGCUGCCCGAGCAGGAAGCCGGCCGGAUGGAGCAGUCGAAAAUGCUAGGUGUGACGCGCGAUAUGCAGCAUCUGGGCGUGUUUGGGCAUCUUGCGUCUUUUUUUUCGCACAAGAAAGAGGACACGGAAGAGCCGACGCGUCCAGAGAAUGUGCCACAGUCCAUGUACCUCUACGGCGACGUGGGCUGCGGCAAGAGCAUGGUCAUGGAUCUUUUCUUCAACACCUUGCCGCCGAAUGUGACGCGCAAGCGCCGCAUCCACUUUCACCAGUUUAUGAUUGACGUGCACAAACGCUCGCACUACUACAAGUCCAAGUACCACCGCGCCUCGGGCAUCGUCGGCCAGGCGGUCGGUACCAACGAAACCAAGUCGAGCGCCACGGCGGGUGGCAGCACAGACGGCGGCGAGAUCGACCCUAUUGAGCCCGUGAUCCGCGAGAUUGCAGGAAACAUGGAGGUGCUUUGCUUUGACGAGUUCCAAGUGGUGGAUAUUGUCGAUGCAAUGAUUUUGCGGCGCAUCCUGGAAGGCUUGAUGCGCUACGGCGUCGUGAUCGUCACGACCUCGAACCGUGCGCCGAGCGAGCUAUACAAAAACGGGAUCCAGCGCUCUAGUUUUAUUCCGUGCAUCCACUUGAUUGAGCACGAGUACUGUGUCGUGAACCUCGAUAGCGGCACAGACUACCGUAAAGUGCCCCAGGCGCGUCACCAGACCUACUUUCUGGAGAACGACUUGGCGUCGCGCAAGGAGUUCGAUAAGCUCUUCAAAGCCAUGACGGACGGGGAGCCCCUGCAGCACAACCACGAAAUCAACGUGUGGGGCAGAGCGCUGGUCGUGCCGGAAUGCACCAGCAAGGUCGCCAAGUUUACGUUUAUGGGCCUGUGCGGCCAGCCGCGGAGCGCAGCAGACUACAUUGCGCUCUGCAACGAAUUUAGCACGAUUUUUAUCGAGGAUAUCCCGCUGAUGAGCAUGGACAUGCGCGACUUGGCGCGCCGCUUUAUCACAUUCAUCGACGCGGCGUACGAGAGCAAAACACGCAUCUUUACUACCUCCGAGGUCGAGCUGGUCAAGGCGUUUAGCGGCGGCGUUUCUUCCGUCACAAAAGUGCCGGAUCAGAUGCGCGCGCUCAUGGACGACCUUAAAAUGACUGCCGACGACAUCGGCGGCUCGUCCAUCUUUACCGGAGACGAGGAGCUCUUUGCGUUUGCGCGCCUCCUCUCGCGUCUUAGUGAAAUGGCGACACAGCUCUACAUGGAGGCGAGUGCGCGCCGCUAG